AUGGGAUUCAAAGAUCUUUUUUCCAGAGGUCCAUCGAGAAGAAGGCAUGUCAAGGAGGCAGAUCCAUACAUAUAUGUACCGCCAGAUACAUUGGGGAGACAAUCUGGUGGUAUUGCGGCUUACCAGGCUGCUUCCUCGGCUGUUUCGUCAAGGCCAUAUACAAGAACGAAUUCCCUGAUGGAUUCCAGUUCUGCUGCAGCAUCUGCGCUGCGAAAAAGCUAUUACGGAGAACUAGGAUAUAAAGAUAACAUUCCUCGACGUACCAUGUCUAUGACUUCGGGAUCUAUGCGAAGACCUCUUCUUACGAUAUCAAAUGGGCGAUAUUCCGCUUAUGGGAAUCGGACGAUGUCCUUGCAGUCAUCAGUUGAUCCGUAUAUAAGAAGACGGGCAAUUGCAGGAAGUAGAAUAUCAUCCAGGGCAAAUUCAUUACGUUCACAAAGCUCAAGACAGUCUGUUGGCAGCACGAGUUCUGUAAACACAACAACGACGACAACAACGACUAAAAGGACAAUUGAUAGUGAUGGGAGGCCACAAACAAUUGUAAAAAAGACCACAAAGCUUUUGGACGCAUCUGGGAAUGCAAGAUCGAUUAAGAAAACUACUAUUGAAAGAAGGGGAGGCUUAGAAAUCGUGAGAACUACAGUUAUCAAGCCUGCUGUAAGGGCUUUAAAUGCAGACAGGUACACUGAAUCACCUUUGAAGUGUAAUCAAGAAGAAGAGCUCGCAGGAAUAGAAGAGGAAUUUGAUGAGGAUUUCACUAAAGACGUCGAAAGUCCGUCUUUACAGUCUCCGAUUCAGUUUUCUGAUGGGACAAAUGUUAUUCCUGAAGUCCCUGAAGAAGAUAUUUACAAUGAUAAGAUUUCCGAUGGAGUUAAAGGAACAACGCAAUUCAGUGUUGGUGGCAAUGAAUUGACAAGGACUGACAUGAACUCUGAGCCUAAUGAUACUUCAAAUAAAGCAAAAGGAGAACUUAAAAGCAAUUUGGGGUCGCCAAAUCAUGAUCAAAAGCAGCAUGAAUAUCGCAAAUUGGCAAAGCCACUUAUUCCGUCUUCAUCUCCAAUUCAUAUGUCACCUAGGAGAUCAAUAUUAAAACAUACUUCACCAUCUUUUGAAAGCAAUAACACAAAUGUGAAUGGGGUUGCGGAGGUUCAUGUGAAAGAACCCGAACGUGUGGUUGUUGCAAGCCGUUCGCCAUCUAUGCCCGAUAGUCCUGGUGACAAUGAUUCUUUUUAUGAGGACGCGCCUGAUGGGCACAGGAUCAGUCGAAAGCAAGUCAGAAUUCCCGCAAAAUAUAUUGUACCUGAUGAGCAAGGGAAGUCCCUUACUUCAGGAAGAAGGCAACCGAGCGCUGAGGAAAUGUAUGCAAAAGCCUACAAAGUGGCUCAUGGUAUGGUUUAUAAAAAUUCAAGCUCUUCGACCGAACAUGUUGUGGAUCGGGAUGAUACUUUAGACGAAACUACAAGAAGAAACACAAUGAUGAACACUGGGGAACACGGAAGUAUUCGGUCAGGAUCUUCAAAUAGUGUAUCCAACGGUAGACCAGUCAGCGCUUAUAUCCCAAACAAUCGUGGAUUUGCAGUGUAUUCCUUAAGAGAACUUCCUAACUCGAAAAAAAUGAGGAAAUGGAGAGAGAAAGAAGCCAAACUUUUUGCCAGAGCAGAAAAGAAACAACAAAAAGUGCAAAAAACAGAAUUUGAUGGUAUGGGUAUUCGUAUCAGUGCGCCAGCAAGCAUUUCGAGUGCCACUUCAACUAUAUCCGAGAAUAAAUCCGAGAGAAAGCAUAGGAAAAAGGAACAUAUGUUUUUCAGAUUUGGAAAGAAGAAACACGAGUCCCGUAAUGUUGAUGACUCUGUGAAUCAAGAAUUAUCUGCAUCUCCAAGAACAUUUUCCGAUUCUAAAGAUGUGAUUCUAAAUACAGACAGUGGAAAGGAUGCUGCAGCAUCCAAAAAUGGAUCUGAAACUGCAUUUUCUAAGGAGAAAAGUAAAUCUGAUUUGCAAGGGUCGCGUGCCGACAACAUAGAUAAUACGACGUCAGCUUUGGAGAAGCAAUUACCUCAAGGCAAUACCACCGAAACUAUUAGGUCUGAUGCCGAUGUUCCGGGUGGCAUCGAAAUUAAGGUGAAUGACAUUUCCACCAAACCACCAGUACUGGGUUCACAACCUGAUAAAAAAAUACAACCUGUUGAUAUGCAGCCUGCAGGAGAAGUUCGAGUUAAAAGUACUUCUGGGGAGUCUGAACAACGAAUUGAAAGCGAAGAUAGUGAAAAAACAAUAGCGGGAGAUGCUAGUUCCCUCCAUCGUGUGAAGCAGACAAGCAAUUAUAAUAAAGCUUCCGGUCCUGUGAAUAAUGAUCAGAAAGUUGUGAAUGGAGAAGCAGCUUCUCCUUCAAAUACUUCAACGAAUGCACGCAUUGCUUCCAUGAAACCUAAUUUGAAACAACAUGCUGCCGGCGAUAACAUGCAGAAUUCAAGAAAGCAAGAAAGGAGGGAAAAGAAAAAGAAGAAAUCAUUUGGGCGAAAGUUUAUGAGAUUCUUUGAUUUGUGA